CGUUGCGACUCCGUUGCAACCUGGAAAAAAAAAGUUUAAAGAUUGCUAAAACAGAAUAAAGAUUUGCGGUUUUCCUUCUUUCCAGCACUGUAAAUAUUUAUUUUGAAGGAAAUGUGUACAGUAGAACCCCUGUCAUACACUUUUCAACGGAGGGCACAAAAAUGGUGUAUGAUGCGGGAAAGUGUAUGAAAAGGGAAUGGCAAUAAUACAAUUUUUUUCCAAUCUAGCAUACCAGCACAAUGUCAGAUUAAACAUAAAUACAUAUGCGUAAAUAAUUGCAUUAUAUUAAUAAAAUAUAUGAAUUCAUCAAUAUAUAUAUAUAUAUAUUUAUAAAAUAAAACCACCAAAAAUGUAAAAUACAGUCCAUAAUCAAGUAAAGCUGACAUGAGAAACAGUGGCCUUACAAAAUGUUAUGAAGUCCUUUCUUGGAGGAAGGGGGAAAAGUCACCAAGCCUAAAUUAAAAAUAAAAAUAAAUUAGGCUAUUGUAAAAAAAAUCAUAACUUUUUGCUUGUUUGUUUUAUUUUAAAAACAACUUUAAGCAACUAAACAAUUUUCAAUAAAAUUUUAAUUUGAGAAACGUAAAAUACAAAACAAUCCGAUCGUAAGAAAAUAAUAACAAACGGGUAUAUUCAGUUCGAAGAUUAAUGAAUGCACAAAAUAUGAGAUCCGUGCCUUGGUAAAAUGUGUGCACCAUUUUCAUAAUCAUUGCUAGUUUGCGCCACUAGUCUCGCUUCGGUGCUGGCUAUAGAUGCUACUAACGAAGUGCACAGCAGUGCUGCCAGAUCUACUGAAAUUUCAGUAGAUCUACUGAAUUCCGGGAUCGUCUACUGAACUACUGAAAAAAGUCGAAAUCUACUGAUAUUUUGCACUUUCUUGCCAUUAAUUUAAAUUUUACUAUGUAUAUUCAUUUUAAGUAAAUAGUAACAUCUUUUUUUUUUUUUUUUUUUUUGUUUUCACGCAACGGAAAUCAUAGAGAAGUGCACACAAGUGAUGUGUAUUGACAUUGACAUGUUUAAAGUAAACUACAGCCUUAAAGUAGUCGUCAUGCUCAUGUUCAGCAGCGUUUGUGAGUUGUGACCAUAGGUACAAGAACAAAAUAUCUGUGCCGAAUGUUGCGUCUCCAUGUUAUCCAUUCAUCUGUGGUGUUACCAAUCUAUAAUUGAAUAUUGUUUGUUUUGAUAUCUGUUCUCUCAUAUUUGAUGUAACCUAAACCAAGUAACUCAUUAUAGUUUAUAGAUCAUGGAAAGUGAUACAAAUCCAAGUUGUUCCAGCAGUGAAAGUUCAGUGAGUGCGAAAAAACGAAAAUACCUUCAGAAAUAUAAUGUUAGUUGGGAGAGCAAUCCAGCAUUUACUGGGUGGCUUUCUAUAAGUAAAAAGGGUGAGGGCUAUGCAUACUGCAAAGCAUGCAUGUGUGAUUUAUCUGCGAGUGCUGCAGGCAAAGUGGAAAUUGAAAAACACUCUAAAGGUAAGAAACAUCUUACAAAUGUUACUGCUGUUUCUAAGCAACAUACACUGCUUGAUAUGCCUUCAAUGAAUAAGAAGAUUAAACUAGAAACACAAGUUAAAGAAGGGGAAAUACGAUUGGCAGCUUUCCUAGCAGAACACAAUCUGCCUUUCAACAUCAUGGAACACCUUCCCCAGCUUAUAAAAUCUGUUUGUCCUGAUUCAACUGUUGCAAGUCAUUUGGUUUGCAAACGAACCAAGGCAACAGCUAUUGUUAAAAAUGUUACUGGAAAAAUCAGUAGUCAAAAUCUAAACAAAGUGCUGCAAGAAAAUAAAUUUUCAAUCAUUGUUGAUGAAAGCACUGAUAAGGGUUGCAUAAAACAUUUGUGUAUAGUGGCAAGAACAGUGAAAGAUUGUACUGUAAGUGAUGCAUUUUUUGGACUUAUACCUGUGCAGGACGCCUCUGCUGAGAGUCUGUAUAGGCACAUAACCAAUGCAUUGAAUGAUGCUGGAAUAGCAUAUAAAGAUAAUAUGGUAGGGUUAGCAUGUGAUGGAGCUAAUGUGAUGACUGGAAAACACAAUUCACUUUCAACCAGGCUUAUUCAAGAUAUUCCAAAUCUAUUUGUCAUGAAAUGUGUACAGGGUUCUACUGUAUGUCACUCAUUUCAUCUGUGUGCAAGCUAUGCAUGCAUGAAACUCCCUAGGGCAGUUGAGGACCUCGCACGAGAUGUGUACAACUACUUUCAGUCCAGUCCAAAACGUAUUAGCAGCUUUGUUGAGUUUCAAGUUUUUGUUAAUAUCAAACCACAUAAGAUGUUACAUCCAGCCCAGACCCGGUGGCUGUCCUUACAAGCAGUAGUAGUUAGACUUUUGGAGCAGUAUGAAGCUCUCAAGCUGUUUUUUACUAAUGCUGUUAUCACUGAUCGUUUACAAGCAGCAGAGACUAUUCUGAACAUGUUAAAUGACCCAGUUCAGAAGCUUUAUCUUGCUUUUCUUGAUUUUGUUCUCGAACUGUUCAAUAAACUUAACAAACAAAUGCAAGCAGAAAAGCCUCAAAUACAUUUAUUGUAUGCAUCUGUGUCAUCAGUAGUGCAUACAUUACUUGACUGUUUCAUUUCAGAAGACCAUUUAAAAUCAACUGCAAUAGAAGAUGUGCAGUUUAAAAAUCCAAAAUAUUUUUUACCUCUUGAAAACAUGUACCUAGGUGCAAAGGUUAAUUCAUUGUUGGCAAAAGGCAUGGCUGGGUUAACAAAAGAAGCACUUCAUGGAUUUAGAAUUCGGUGUUUGGAGUUUUUUAUUGAGGCAGCAAGUCAGAUAUACAAGCGUUUUGACUUUGGAAAUGUGUUACUAAAGGAAUUUGAAAUUUUAGAUCCAAAGUGUGUUAUACAAAAGAAAUUGAGAUCUAUUGCUCAUCUUGCCUGCAAAUUCCCAAACAUUGUCGCAGAUGAUAUGAUACAAUCCUUGGACACGGAGUGGCGACUUCUACGGAACCAUGAAUUCACUUUUGAUGAAAACAUAUCAACCGAGGAAUUUUGGCUUUACGUUAAGAAUCUGAAAACUGGGGAUGGUUCACCUAUGUUUCCGAAUCUUAUUGCUUUUAUUGAAGCUUUGUUAUGCUUGCCCCAUUCUAGUGCAACGGUUGAAAGAAUUUUUUCAACAGUAAACAUUAUGAAACCAAACCAGCGCAACUCACUUUCUACAGAAACACUCAUUGGGCUUCUACAUACAAAAAGGAUGCUGUCAAAUUCAAAUUGUUUUGAGUUUCCAGUUACAGGUGAACUACUGAAUGAAAUGACUGCAUCAAUGUACGAGACAAAAAAAAUGAACUGAAAAUGUAAGCUGAAAACUAAUUUAGGAUUUGUGCUUGACAGUUUGAAUUAGCUGUAAUUUUGAAGAAAAAUGAAAUCUUAUAAUUUUAGUAUCAUUUUGUCUUAUUGCAUUUUUCAUGUAUUUGCUUUUUGAAAUGAGUAGAAAAUAGAUGUUAUUGUUAUGGUACAAUUUUUUCACAUUAUAUUAUAGCAUGUUGUUUUUUCAAGGAUAAACUGAUAGAAAGCUGUAGAUAACGGAUAUAAAUAUUUUAUGCUAAAAUUACAAUUGCUUAACACUUUUUGACGCAAUAUUAGUGUUCUUUUGCGUGUUGUGAAAAAUCUACUGAAUUUUUUCCAGAUCUACUGAAUUUUUCUACUGAUAUUUUAAAAUUUCAUCUGGCAGCACUGGUGCACAGUCUUCCUGAUACUAUCCAUAUCUAUGGUGAUAUAAAGUUAUUUUCUUACAUUUGCAAUGGUAAACAAUGAACGUUUUUCAAAAUAAAAGCAUUAAAACGUAGUUUAUAAGGAGAAAUAUAAAAAAAAUAUUUGUGAAUUUUAGGGCUUUUACGCUUCGUAAAAACGUAUGAAACGGGAAAUUAAUGAUUUUAUAAGUGUGUGUUCCGGGAAAGUAAACCAUUUGUAAAAGUACUUUCGGCGGGACCAAGAUUAAUUGGCGUAUGACACGGGAAAAUGUAUGAAACUAGAACUUAUCAUUGAGGUUCUACUGUAUUAGGUUCAUUAGCUGAUUGAUUUGAGGUUAUGUUAUAUCUAGUAAAGAUAAACUUAAAAUUCCCGAAAAUUUUGGGAAAUUUAUUUUCCCUCCUGACGGGAUAAAAGCCUCUAUGUUCCCAAAAUUUUUCCCGAAUUUCGGGAUCCCGCACAGGCCUAGUUUAAACAUGUAUAAUUGGAAAAUAACAGGUUAUCUUAACGAAAUCUUAAUUUCUGUGAGCAAAUGUGUGAAUUCUCUUUAAAACGAUACCCCACAAGUAUGGAUGCGAAAACCGAUUGCGUCAAAACAACCAGAAUACCCUAACCAAAGGCCGCGGCCGACGCAGCAUUGUCCUGCUAUCUAUUGUCGACGCGGGCUGUCUGCUGGCGGCCAUGUUGGUUCGGGAUGUUGCUAACAGGCGCCGCUAGUGUAGUACAACAAUUUAAUUCCUUACAAAAAAGCAGGAUUACGGCAACACACGUAAGAAGAGUCUAGCGACAGCAACUACCUUCCUGCAACUGCGGCACCGCUUACGCUCGUUCCGGGGCCGGCUGCCGCAUCGCUCACGCUCGUUCCGGGGCCGGCGGCACGAUCAUAUAUGUCAUCUGAAACUUCUAUUAGUCAAAUAUGGCCUCGUGGCUGAGCGCUUAGCGGCGCUAUCAUCUAAUCGUAAGGUUGCCGGUUCGAAUCCCGGCAGGUGCGAAUUUUUUUUUGUACUUGUAAAAAUAAAUACGAGCACGUAUAAUUUCAAAAGUAAUAAAUAUAUUUGAAUAAUGAAUGCAAAUAAAAGUAAAUUUAUUAAUUAAAUUGUAAUUUUCAGAUAAGGACAUGAUAACUAAUGGUCAAUUAGGUUAGGUUAGCUACAUUAUAAAUACUUUAAAACUUUGUGGACGGUUGAUUUGGUUAGGAUAGUUACAUUAAAGAUACUUGGAAAUCAAACAUCCAGGGGGUAGGCGCUCCCGAUCGGCCAACUUCGGAGAGGAUCGGCAUUUGCUGCCAGUUGCAGGACGGUAGCAUUGCUGUCGCUAGACUCUUGUACACACGUAUGCCUCAAACGAAAUAGUCGCUGGAAAACUAUACUUUUUUCAUUUAAAGAAACCUGUAGACUUUUUUUGAAAAUAAAUUUGGGAUUAAACUCAAACCAUCACCACUCCUUUCGUGAACAGAUGCCCCAACAACUGACCGAAACAAAAGUUACAUGAGAACUGUCCUAGCGAUUCGGAAAUAAAUACGGUAGUGCCUACUAUUUGUCAGAUAGUAAAAUAAAUGACGUGACGUGUUUGUAAAUGUGUCACGACUGAAAUAAUUCCAAACAAGUUUAUAAAUAUUUGUGUAUUAUUGACGCGAUCAAUUAGCAACAAGUAUAAAGACAACUCUGACUGAUUUGGCCUAACAUAGUUAUAAACAAUGUUAUUAUUCGUUAAUGAAAAUGUCCCAACAAAUUAAUUAAGAGCAUUUAUAUUAUAAAAAAAAGGUGCACAUUGUUACGUUUAAUGGUGUAAAAAAAUAGAUUUUGUCUAUUUUCUAAAUAAUAAGAAAUGAGUACAAGUAUAUGUAUAUUCAAAGGCUUGGUUUAUUCGAGUCGAGCAUACCUUGGCCUUGAAGCCAAGCGGAAGUUUGAUAAAAGAAAGAAAGGACUGGAUUCUAUUUUUAAAGACACGCAUUUAGAUGGCGACUGCAAGACUGAAGAAUGUGACAGGUGUCAACGCCAAUAUGUCUAGUGGUGUGCGAGAGGGGUGGAGAUAAAGCAGACAAAUAACAAAGGCGCGUUUCACGCGAUCACGCCGUAAAUUCCUCAAAAAGACCUCGUUAUAGCCAUGUUCUCGCUAUUACCGUGCUCGCUAUAACGGGAUUCUCCUGUACCUAACUAUAGUCCAUCCACGGUAACCUCCUACUUUUCUGAAGCCCUGCUUUUCACCGGAUCUACUUUAAUGUUACUAUGUAUCCUUCCGCCGUAUGUAAACAAAAACAUUGCCAUGUGACAUGUCAAAUGGUUUGUUUACAAUCACCAGCUGUCAAAACAAUG